UCUGUAUCGCGCUGUGACGUCACUACGGAUGCGCCGCGGACUGUUUAUCAAUCAGAGGAAGCAAAGGAGGACUGCUGAUCGGAAGGCGUGAAGGAUACACUUGAUGAGUCCUUCAAAAUUCAUCAAAUGAAGGACAUGAAAUGAAGGCUGCCUUCUAAGUAUCCUUCAAAUUGAAACGGCCUUCAGUGGCACUUGAUGAUGCAGUAUUUCAAGGAGAGGUAUAGACAAAAAAAAAAAAAAAAGUAUAAUAAAAGGAAUAAGGAGGGCGGCUGCGAUUUCCACCAUAAUUUGCAUUGCAGCAAAUUUCUAAUUUUUAAUUUUUAAAUUUUUUUGGUACACUUUCUCACAACAUGUCCCGCUUGAUGUGUUUAGGUGGGUGGGCAGUGAAUAGUUGGUGCCUCACUGUGGUUUAGGAUGAAUUCAGGAUGGAUAAUUUUUCCACUACAAAAAUGCAGUGUGGUCUCAUGCAUUUAUAGCUACCUCUGUAUGUGCUUUCAGUGAUCUGAUCACAAAAUGUUUUAGAUUCCUUUUAACUUGUAUUUAGCGCUGACCAGUUGAAAAGCAUCUUAAAACUAGGGGUGUAAAUCGGAUGGUUCGGCACGAUACAAUACGAUAUCGAUUCUCAGACCCAGCAAUACGAUAUUUGCCGAUACCUCAAAAAAAUCUAUGAUACGAUUACGAUUCGAUUUGAUACAGGAGUAUAUCGAUGAUUAUAUACCUAUGUUAAACAACCAUCUACAUUUUUUAUUAACUCACAAAUGCAACCAAAAUAUAUAACAUGAACAUUUAUCUGAAAUUUUCACAUCCUGUACCUCAGUUGGGACAUUCACAACAAAAAAUAGGCCUAUACACUUUUUUUUUUUUUUUUUUUUUUUUAAUGAUAAAGAAAAUAAACAAAUGGAAAAACAAUUCUGGCUGCUAUGGGCUCAGUGCUUUUCUACAGAUAGCAGAAAAUAAAUACAAUAGAACAAAGACACAAAUUCAAUAAACAGUGCUUUUCAGGUUCUUCUGCUCUGUCUAAAAAUAAAUUGCAGGUAUGCUAUAGAAAUGUAAUAAUCAAAUGUAAAAUAACUGCAGUCUUCACAGUAUAACUUAAAUAUAGAUUAAUAAUUUUUGAUGUUACAAAGGUUAUUUAGUCAGGAGCAGUGAGCACCUGUAUUUUUCUUUGACAGCGUUUUCUUUGAUUAGACAACUGAUCACAGCCAAAUGGAAGAGCUUCACACAACGAGGACAUCUGAAGCAUCACAUAAGAAUUCACACAGGUGAGAGGCCUUUCUCAUGCCAUUUGUGUGGUAAAGGUUUCACACAGGCACAAAGCCUCAAAAAGCCAUUUGGCUGUGAUCAGUUGUCCCGAUUGGGCUUUUGCGGUGGCGGCUCCAAAACCAUGGAACAGUCUUCCCUCCAACAUUAGAGUUGCUCCUACUCGAAAUAUUUUUUUUUAAAAACGUCUGAAGGCUCAUUUUUUAUGUGUAGCUUUUGAGACUGCAGUGUGUUGAGGCACUGGUUUCUGGUACUGUCCUUGAUGUUUUAUUUGGUGUUUUGUUACUGUUGUCUUCUAUUUGUGGAAUUAUUUUUACUAUUGUACAGCACUAUUUAAAACACGGAUUUAAUAUAGGCUACUGAUACACAUGCGCUUUCUUUCUCAACUGUUUACGUCAAGACAUAUGCCUAACCGACUGCGUUUACUAGGAUAUUCGCCCAAACACGCAUUUUGACAAAAAAGCAGAAAAGAGCUCAAUUUAGUACUCGCACGGUGUAGACAUGACUGUCUGUGUGUGUGAGCUUCAGAUGUGUGUACAGAAAACUUCUCACACAGCCCUUGACUGUUCCGCCAUUUAUCCCAAGCGUCUUUUAUGCUCGCCUUGUGCCUUCGGACAGUCCUUAUAUAGAGUCCUGAUAUGUGAGUUUGAACGAGAAUGCACGCGUCGACGGUAAUGCAUAGAUGGACAUUAUGUGAAAAUGUGGACAGUCCCAAAAUAAAGGUGCCUAAUUAUACUAUAGAUAUCGAUAUUUUACGCGUGGCAUCGAUGCAUCGUAUGGUUAGACAUCGUAUCGAUGUAUCGAUUAAUCGUUACACCCCUACUUAAAACCAGGUGGAAACAGGCACUUAGUGUUCUACAAUAAGUACAACCUGUUUAUGAUUAAACGCACAUGAAUAACAAAUUUAAAUAUAAUACCAUUUAUAAAUUGUAUAUUGAUAUUCAUGAUAAAAUGGGCAAGUUGAAUUUUUGUCCACAUGGUACCCACAUGUUUUUUCUUCUACUGUCGUGUUGCGAAAUCAGAAUGAGAAUGCAUGAAACAAAUACAUCAGUUGUUACUUGGGUGAUGCCGUGAUACUGUGUGCAAGCACUGGAGUGUGUGCAUUAUGGUGGACGAACAGUUAGUCUGGUUUUUAGAACUUUUUUUUCUUUUUGCUUUUCAGAAAGUAUACAUCCCAUGACACAAAACAGAAAACCAACAAGGUUUACCUUAAUAUGCCUUAAUAUAACCAGCAAUAUACUGAGAUGAUGUAGUUAUAAUAACAUUCUUGAGCAUAAUAUACCUUGCCAACAGGUUUGUAGAAAAUGCUUAACUAGGUCUAUAUUAUAAAACCAUCACCACAUCACUACAGGUGUUUUUCCAGCAGGUGUUAGCUAAGAAUGCUGAGAAUUCUGGGCCGUGAACAGUUUAGAGAAAACAUUAAAAGUCCUCUUAAACUCUAAAAAGUGUCCUGUCCUACCCCUGAAGUGUUAGUUUCCUGCAGAGGUGGUGACCCUGCAUGAGUGGGACUGGAAACCCCUGCUUUAAUGUCUGUAGUGCAUGUAGUUCAUACUGUAUGUAGUUACUCUAAUUGCACGAUGCUUUGUACGAAAUGUAACGAUGCUACCUGCUGAUUAUGGAGAAGGUUGAAUCUCUCCCUCUCAUAUAGGCCAGGCCUCAUAAACAAAGAUAACUUCCUUACGUGGGGAAAAUGACAAUCCACCCACAGAUAUUGCAACAGAUCUGUUGAGUUGAAGUAGAUCUGUUCACAUCAUGCAGUGUCUGUUGUUUUUCUCACUGAGGGAACAUGAUGUGCCACUAGCCACUGACACGUCUGACCUGCUUGUUCUCUCAGUCUAUGUGUCCAAGUAUAUGUGGCAGCUAUCUGUAUGCCAUGUGGACUUUGAAAUUGGUUUGGUUUGAUUUUGGUUUGAAAAUCAUACAACUCAAUCUUCAGUGAAGUCACUCCCACAGCAAAUCACCAAUAAAUGCUGGAAGUAUUCCCAUCAAAGAGGCCACUGUGGUUCAAGCCAGCAGGAAUCAAGUGUGGUGUAAUAACAAUUUCCACAUAACGCUGUGGUAAAGAUGGAUUUUGUUGAAGAGACUGAAGACGUCAGUGAUGCUGAAUGAUGAAGAGGCUGAAGAACAAAAAGAACUGAUGGAAUCGAACAAGGAAUGUCAAGCACAGAAUGAAAAGGAGGAGAAUCAGGAAGCCCACAAUGCCUUAACUGGAGAAAACUCUUUUAGUGGUUCACAAACUUCAGAGGAUUUCUCACAUGAAAGCACAGAAGCCAAAAAUUAUUUUGCAUGCCACCAUUGUAGAAAGACUUUUUCACAAAAAGGACACCUGAAGUAUCACAUAAGAAUUCAUACUGGUGAAAGGCCUUACAAGUGCCCUCAGUGUGACAAGACUUUUACUCAAAAAGGCCACCUUAGGGAUCAUAUAAUAACUCACACCGGUGAGAGGCCAUUCACAUGCCCUCAGUGUGGAAAGGGUUUCAUGAGUAAAGGAAACCUUAAUGUCCACAUUAAAAUUCACGCCCAAGAGAGGCCUUUCACAUGUCCGCAGUGUGGAAAGACUUACACGUGUAAAGGACACCUUAAGGAGCACAUAGGAUCCCACACUGGUGAGAGGCCUUUCACAUGCACACAAUGUGAAAAGAGUUUCACACGGAAAGGAAACCUUAAUAUUCACAUGAAAACUCACACUAGAGAGAGGCCUUACACAUGCCCUCAGUGUGGAAAGAGUUACACAUCUAAAGGACACCUUAAGGAGCACAUAGGAUCCCACACUGGUGAGAGGCCUUUCGCAUGUCCUCGAUGUGGAAAGUCUUUUACACGUAAAGGAAGUCUUAACAUUCACAUAAAAGGUCACACUAGAGAGAGUCCUUACACAUGCUCUCAGUGUGGAAAGUGUUUCCCAACUAAAGGAAAUCUUGAUAGUCACAUAAGAAUUCACACUGGAGAGAAGCCGUUCACAUGUCCUCAAUGUGGGAAGAGCUUCACACAACGAGGACAUCUGAAGCAUCACAUAAGAAUUCACACAGGUGAGAGGCCUUUCUCAUGCCAUUUGUGUGGUAAAGGUUUCACACAGGCACAAAGCCUCAAAAAGCCAUUUGGCUGUGAUCAGUGUGGUCAAGAAUUUGUAUUGGAGUCAUUGCUGAGAAGAACCUGAGGAUGCAUUCAAACAAGCAGCCUUAUUUGUGCUGUGUUUGUGGGAAGAGUUUUCUAUUGCUUGACUAUUUUAAACAGCACCAGAAAAUACACAGUGGUGUGAAGCCUCAUGUUUGCUCUGAAUGUGAAAAUUCCUUCAUGAGAGCCAGAGACUUGGAGCGGCAUAAAAGACUCCAUGCUGGAGAAAAACCUUUAAAGUGCUCACACUAUGGAAAGGGUUUCACUGAGUCUGGAAACCUAGUAAAACAUGAAAGAGUGCACACUGGAGAGAAGCCAUUCCACUGCCUUUCAUGUGGGAGGAGUUUUAGACAAUCACAAUUGGCUCAUAUAGAAAAGCACUGUCCACAAGUGGACACAGUGUCCAACCUUCAGGCUUCAGUUCCAAACGCAUUGUGUGAAAUUCAAAUUCAAAACAACAGUAGGAAUAAGACAGUUCAGUGUGAUAAACUUUAUAAUUUGAAUGCACUUAAUGCGUCUGUUUAGACCAACAUGAACAUAAUCAUGCAGUAUAUGCAACAUUUUUUAUGUACAGGUAUUGUUAUCUGUUUUCCAUUGCACUGCGAAGAAAACUGGCCAACCAUUAAGAACUGAGCGUUUGGUCACAUGCCCAGAGCCACUGCUGUUACAUAAAACUAGUAACUGGUGCCACUUAAAAAAAGACUAUUUUGCUAAAUGGUUGUAAAUAGCAGAGAAUGAAUCCGGAACUAGCUCUAUUGUCUCAGUACACUUGUUUUGGUUUUGUUUGAUAAAACUAUAGUGAAUACGAAAGACUGAAAUACUGUUUCAAAACUUCUUUUGAAAGAAUGUCAGUGAAUUAGCAUUUUCAUUAACCUGUAUGCCAUUUAACACAAUCUGCAAAGAUGAAUCACAUGUGGAAAUCAAAAAUAAUAAAAAAUUGUGACGAACAUUCUUUUUUUUCAAAUUAAAAACUACAAAGUUGAUGUCUCGUGCCAGAUAUUUGUUUCUUGUGUGUAUCACCAUCAGUAAAUAGUGUAUGUGGGACUGAUUUGGAGAAUGAAAACUUAAAGCUAAUGACAUGCAGUACAUGAAGAAUUGAUUGUUAGAGCAGUGAGAGAUUUGUUACA